AUGUCGAGAAUGCAGCAUAACCACAUUCUCAUGCUGCAAAACCGCGAUAACAUGCUGCAGGCUUACGCAAGUGAAAAUGCGAGUUUGGAGGAGCAAAAUCAGUCUUUGCUUGAACAUGUCAAGAGUCUUCAGCGAGAAAAUUGCUCCCUAGAGCUCAAGUAUAACAAACAGAUGUCCGAAUGGGCGAAGGAGAGGCUGUAG